GUUGAGCACACAAAAAACGAAGGAGCCUGGAAAUUGGACAGGAAGACUCAAGACAGCAAGUCAAUGGCUCCCACUUUCACUAUCUCAUCCAAUAAAACUGUAUCUGCUACCUUCAUCCUUGAAUCCAUCCAUGUUUCUUUCUUAACAUCUUCAUCAUCAAAUUGUUAAACCAUAUUAAUGUCUACAUUUCUUCCACCACCUGCAAUAAAACCGCAAUUCACAUCCAUGUCUACCGACACAACGGAUCAAGACUAUCAAGAAAUCGCUUCAAGCUCAUCUAAAAACACUGCUCCAGGUUUCUCUGUAGAUGAUCUACUCACUGGCUCCCAUACAUUCAGAUUUGAUCGCUACUCGCGUAGAGAAGGGUUUGAAGUUGGCAAGUACUUGGUCUCGGAUACUUUCACAGCAGGGGGAUAUGAAUGGGCAAUUGCUCUGUACCCCAGUGGCAAGAAGGAUCAGUACAUAGAUUACGUGUCUUUAUACAUAAGAUUGGAGAGUGAAGAGACUGAUGUGAACGCGGUUUUUGAGCUAAUGCUUGUUGAUCAGAGUGGGAAUGGUAAGCAUAAAAUUCAGACUCAGUUUGGGAGGUUGCAGGAGAAGCAGCCUUUCUUGAUGAGACGCCGUGGGAGCCAGUGGGGAUUUGGCCAGUACAUCAAGAAGAAACAUUUGAAGAAAUUGGGCUAUUUAAAAGACGAUUGCCUCGUGGUAAAUUGUGUGGUUGGAGUUCUAGCUUCUUGCACAGAUAAGGAAAUUGAACAGGCUCCAGUUAGUUGCAUAUCUGAUAUGGAUCAGGCUGUAAUGAUGGAAUCCUGCGAGGAUACUAAGUUUUUAGAUUUGGAGUCUGCAGCAAGAGUAAUAAUAGAAUUUGGAGCUCCUGCGCAGCUACAAGGACUUGUGAAUGAUGCAGACCGCGCCAAAUUUGAUCAUUACUUGAAUGCAGUUGAUGAGAUUCAGCAAUCAAUCAAGACGGGUCAGGUCUCUGAUUAUGAGGCUCAUGGAACACGCGCUAUGAAAACGCUGCAGCUGGUGUUUCAGGGAAUAUUAGACUGCUCAACCAGUGUGAACCAGUCUGAUACUUUGAGUUCCACUCUGGACUCUAGUUCCAUGACUAGCAGUUAUGGCUAUGAACAACAGGGUGGCCAUCAUGCCAGCCAUCAUGAGCUCUCCCAAGAGCAAGUUUAUCGCCUCUGUAGUAUAGUACAGAGGCUUAACAAAGGAGGAUGUCUUGGCGACUGCAUUGAGGUGUACAGAAUAUCAAGGAAAUCAGUCGUGGAUGCAAGGUUUUUGAGGUUUAGCAUCGGGAGAUGGAGUGUCAAUGACUUACAAGGUCUUGACGUCGAAGAGUUUGCUGCAAAAAUCAAGUUAUGGAUACAGGUAGCCCAGAAAUGUUACCACAGUAUCUUCCCCGGGGAGAGGCAAUACUAUGAGCAGAUAUUUGAUGGUGUCAGAGCAGUCUCAUACGACACUUGUUUCCUGGCUAUAGUCGAGCAUGUUGCAGUUGAGCUCAACAAUUUCGCGGAUGCUGUAAGUUUUAUCACAUCAUUUCGGAAACUAUUUGCUGUUUUGGAUCUGUACAAGGCUCUGGAUGUUAUCCUGCCUGAGAUUCAAAAAAUGUUCUACACCGUGGCAUCGGAAAAUAUAUGUCAGGGUGCCAGUAAUACUAUUACUAGCCUUGCAACUCUGGUAAGGAAACUGUUUUCCAGCUUUGAAGACACUGUGCUCAAUGAGCAAUCAAACUCUCCACCCCCAGAUGGCACAAUUCACUCUUUGACAGAAUACGCGAUGAAUUAUGUUACAAGACUUUCACAGUACAAGGAAUCGGUGACAGACAUAAUUACAUCUCGGCCAACUAAAAGUUUGGGGAAUCAGGCAGACGAACAAUUUCUGGAAGCUUCAGAUAGAACCUCGUCAAAUCUUCACAUGAUCUGGAUCAUGAUGAGCCUGAAGAUCAAUUUGAUGAGUAAGUCUAAAGUGUAUGAAGAUUCAGCAUUGCGCUAUCUGUUCAUUAUGAACAAUGUGACUUACAUAAUCAAGACUGUCAAAGGGUCUCCGGAGCUUGUGGAGAUGAUUGGGAAGGAGUAUCUGUCAAAGUUGCGCAAAGAGGUCUUGCAGGCAGCACAGGACUAUUACUCAUCCAUCUGGCACAGGGUUUUGUAUUGUUUAAGAGAUGAUGGAUUGAGUAAUAAGUUCCCAUUUUACAAUGGGAUUUCAAAGAACUCUCUGAAAGAUAGGUUCAAGACUUUCAAUUCGACAUUUGAAGAGGUUUGCCAGAUGCAAUCAACACGGCUUGUGCUGGACGUUGGCCUGCGAGAGGAGCUUCAGAAGUUGAUACUCAGUAAACUGCUCCCGGUUUAUAAAGCGUUUUUAGAGAAAUACGGCAGCCGUGUACAGAGUGAAAGAGGCAAAGAGAGAUACAUCAAGUACUCAUCAGAGGACCUCGAGGAUAAAGUGAAAAAAUUGUUUUCAGAACACUGACUGUCUGCCAUGGUGUUGCAGACAGUGGCAUACAUGCCAAAGAUUUCCCAAUACGUAAACAUAUUACUUGUAACAGUAUAUGACUUCAGUGAGUUUUAUGUAUCGCAAAAUAUUACCUGCAGGAAACAGCCUCUCGAGUCUCGACUCGAGGGACGUAGGGACUGCAUACAUCUUAACCUCCCCUCGGAGUCUGUCUUAACGACUAGUAUACACUUGUUAUGUUUACAUAACAACACUUUUCAUUUCCCUUUUAGAAAGGAAAGAUCGGCUGAAGGAAACCUUUAGACUGUGUUCACUCAGAUGAAAUGAAAUAAGGGGAAAAUGGAAUAAAAUUUGUAUUAUAAAUU